AUGGGCGGCGUUUCGGCAGUUCUCCUCAUCCUCAUUACUCUCUUCUUCCCUCCCAUCGGUGUAUGGGCAAUCUCGGGAUGCGGAAUGGAUCUGUUCAUCAACAUUUGCCUGACCCUCCUGGGCUAUAUUCCUGGUCACAUCCACGCCUUCUAUCUUGAGUACAUCUACUUCGACCGUCGAGAGCAAGCCCGCGAGGGCCGUUUUGCGACUGGACCGGCGCCCGGUGUGUAUUCCGACAAUGUGCAGACUGGAGGUCAAGGAUACGGAACUAUUGGACGUACUGGUUAG